AUGGCUUCUUCCUCUCCACGCCAUUAUUCCGCCCUCUCCUUCUUGUUCCCCCUCUUCUUCACCCUGUUGGCUGCCGCCGUUGCCUCCCCGAACCGCCCCAAUGGCUUCGGCGACGUCUUCGUCUUCGACACGGUGCUGAGGGUCGGCCCCGAGGCAAACUCCACUUACGUCGGGAAGGCGCAGGGAGUGACCUUCGCGGUCUCGCGGCGGGACGUAUCGCUGCUGAUCCCGCUGUUGUUGGUGUUCACCGAAGGGGAGUUCGCCAACAGCACGCUCACGAUAAUAGGAAAGAUGGACGGGGCCGGCAAGGCGGACCGGGCCAUCAUCGGAGGGACGGGUCGGUUCCGGUUCGCCUGGGGCAACGCGGUCAGCGAGGUGAUCUCCAGCUCGGCCGAGGGGCUCAUCGCCGUGUUCGACGUCUACGUCGUCCACCACGCCGGCGUUCGUCCCUAUCCGUGA